AAGCUCGUCUCAUCCAUCUCCCUCCAAGUGCUUGCCCCGCCAACACCCAAAGCACGCAAAAUGGACCCGACCAAGGCGCAGACCACGGCCGUGUUCAACCACCUCAAGGCCCAGAAGGCGAACAAGCAAUGCUUCGACUGCAGCGCAAAGAACCCCACCUGGACCUCGGUCACCUUCGGCAUCUACCUCUGCCUCGACUGCUCGAGCGUGCACCGCAACUUGGGUGUACACAUUUCGUUUGUCCGCUCGACCAACCUCGACUCGUGGUCGCUCCAGCAGCUCCGCACCCUCAAGGUCGGCGGCAACGGCGCCCUAGCCGAGUUCUUCCAGAAGCGCGGCGGCGCCAACCUCCUCCCGCCCGGCAACUCGGACGCGCGCGCACGCUACACGUCGCGCGUGGCCGGCCUGUACAAGGAGGAGCUGGCUCGCCGCGUGGCCGAGGACGCGCAGGCAUACCCGCACGGCAUCCACAUCGAGGGGCUCGACCUGACGCCGAUGGGCACGCGCUCGUCGACGCCAGCCCAAAACGACGACUUCUUCGAGUCGUGGGACAAGGCCGCGCCGACCCCCUCCCCGCGCCCGUCCAAGCCCGCGUCCCCUGCCCCUCCCCCCUCGAUCGGCGUUGCACGCGCGUCGGCCACGCCCUCGCCCAAGCCCACUUCGCCCACCACCGCUGCCCCCCAGCCCCGCACGCUCUCGUCGUCGGCUUUGAGAACGGGUGCCGCAAGCGGCGGCGCCGCUGCCGCCCGCCCCAUGCGCCUCGGCAAGGCGUCCAAGCUCGGUGCCAAGAAGGCGUCGACGUCGAUCAACUUUGAGGAGGCCCAGCGCAAGGCCCAGGAGGAGGAGGAGCGCAUCAAGCGCCUGGGAUACGACAAGAAGAAGGAGGAGGAGGAGGCCGCGGCCCUCAAGGCCCGCGAGGAGGAGGAGCGCCGCAAGAACCAGGCGUCGGGCAUCAACAACUCGCGCUCGGCUACACCGCUCAGCCAGACCCGCAAGGAGGAGAAGCCAGUGCCUGUCAAGCUUGGAUUCGGACAGGUUGCGUCCAACGCGCCGCCCCCGUCGCAGUCCAAGGCCCGAGCAUACGACCCUGCCGACGACAUCACGACGGCCAAGGACCGCUUUGGCAGCCAGAAGGGCAUCUCUUCCGACAUGUACUUCCAGCGAGGCAACUAUGACGCCAACGCGACGAGCGAGGCCAAGGGCCGCCUGCAGCAGUUCCAGGGCGCGACUGCCAUUUCGUCCAACGCCUACUUUGGACGCGAGGACGAGGAGGAAGAGGCCGAGGGACUGGGCGGCGGCGAGGGCCUGCUGGGUAUCGAGGGCAACGAGACGUACCAGAACCUCGAGCGCAACGCACGCGACAUUGCCAGCCGCGUCAUGGCGGACCCAAAUGUGCAGAACCUCACCGACCAGAUUCGUGCCGGUGCUCUCAAGCUGUCCGACUACCUGUCGUCGCUCGAGUCGAGGUAAAGGGCUGGUAGCUUGCGUCGGACGCGGUCGCGCGCGCCGACGCGAUCUCGCACGUAGGACGGACGGAGGUCGCGGUGCUAAACGCGUCUUUGGUACCGUUUCGAGUCACUCGGCACGGUGUCGCUUCCGCCACGGGCGGCGCUCACCCUGCCCAUCUAACCCUUCUAUCCCUAGCCCGUGUCCUCGGCCACACCACACCGAUCCCGCUCUCUCUCUUACACUCUCGCUCUGUUGCCAUGUGUUGUUUUGCCUCCCUGGCAGCAUCUUAGGCGUGCAUCCCUGUACUUUCCGUAUGCCGUAGAAAGGAAAUGACCACGCAUGCCCUGUGA